ACAUUUCCUGGAGGAAGCUGGGGAGCGAGACAUCCCGUACACAGCUCUCUCAUGGGAGACCGGCAGGAGGGAGCAUCGCUGCGCCCAUAGCAUGCCCACAGCACCGCGAUUCGGGGGACGUUAGCGCCAGCGCGGGGUGGCUGGACUGUGUGACAUGGCCAGGGACCCGGACAGUGGGUACUCGGCAAUGAUGCUCCUGGGAUUGCUGCUCGGCUGCCUGCUCUCUCGUUUUACAGAAUCUAUUAACAUCUCCUUACAACCCGCACAAAACAUAACUGUCCGCAUAAAACGUGGUAAUAAUUUACCACCAGCACAAUGUUAUAUCUGCAAACCAAACAAUAUCUGCAAAGAUUCUAAUCUAGAAAUACUCCCUGGUAUGAAAGUGGAUUACACCUUCAGCUGCACUACUCCUGAGAGGUACUUUAUUAUGGAAAUCAACAGGACAAUUGACUGCAGUUCUGGUUUGUGCCCUUUAAAUAUAACCCUACAACCUUCAAGUUUGUCUGGUUUAAAUCGGACAUUCUUUUGGCACAUCUUAGCUUCCCGGAACAGUGGUCUUAAACUAAGCUUCUCCACUCCAUGGCUGAGACAGGUACAUCCUUCAAGCACGUGCCCAGACUUGGUUAACUGUAAGAUCAGUACUUUUGUACGUGACACAUCUAUCGACAUAGGGACUUUCUGCAGGAACGGGACGGUUACUAGCAUUAAGGUCCAAGAAAAAGGAGUUGUUGCUCUGAGUCUGCCUUCGUUUGAAACUCUCGUAAACCCUGGAUUCAGCAUAGCAAACAGAACUUCCAUCCAAAGGCUGGGCAUUGUUGAAUCCACCUUCCAGCAGGAGUCCCUUGUAAAUCUACUGUCCGCAAACUAUCCACAUGCCUUUCCUCGUAAUGAAAAAGUGACUUGGAAGUUCAAUUUACCUCCUGCCCAUGCAGCCAGUGUGGAGUUUCUCAAUUAUACCAUGCCCAAGUGUGUGAAAAAUGAGGUGAAUGUUGAGUAUUACCUUCCAAAGAGAUCACUGCUAAAACUAGAUGACAAGCAGCAUGCAAACAUACAGAAUAACUUCAACUUUUCCUUGCAAAACUGUGAGGUAGACAACAGCUUACCUGGUCUCGCCUUGAACUUCAGUGUCACCAUUCAGAAAAGCCAAGGAGACACAAUGUACCAUCUGGAUUUGACCAGGGAGAAAGAUCUGGUUGUACGCAUUGGAAAGAGGAAAACUAUACAACGUCGUUUUACCCCUGUCUGUGUGAUCUGCAAGGGCCUUGCUGACUGUGAUACCGAGCUGGUCCUUGAAGGAGGCAAAUACUAUAGAAUUUCCUUCCUCUGUAAUAAUAUAAACAGUCUAACUGUAACAGCGGAAAAAGAAAUAGCAUGCUGGGAUAUCAAAGUCUGCAAUAUAAGCAAUGUGUCCCUUAACAUCCCUAAAUCUUUGGUUGAGUUCCCUGUGCGCCUGGAGACAUACACCUGGAAGCUGAUAGCCCCAGAACACAUAAGUACUGAAAUAGCAUCCAAGUCCAUUUACCUACAGCAGCAUGUAGAUGACAAACCGUGCAAUGUAACCACCUCAGGAUUCACGUAUGACAUCUUCAGCUGCACUGACAGAGAUCAGUUUAAAAUUGGAACCUUUUGCCCAAAUGGGUCGAUUGAAAAGGUUCAAAUGAGAGACAACGUUACCAUCAUUAUGAACAUACCUUGGAAUGGAAAUCCUAAAAAACUACUUGAACAUGAUCUGCAUGUGUCUUUUGUAUCAUUCAUUAAAGAGGAGUGCAUAUUCACUGUCUCCCCCAAAACUAGAGAUACUGUUUAUCUACAGACUCCAAACUGGGACAUCGGGCUUCCAGAUUACGUGUCUCUUUCGUGGAGUAUUAAUUUACCUAAAAAGCUGUCUGGGAAAGUGAAAUUUUCUAAGGACAAAAUGGAUAUUAUUUGUGAAACGGGCAGCGCCUACGUCAACAUAAAAGAACAGGGAAGCAAUGGACUGGCCGUAGUGCGAAGGGAGGAUGAACAACUGCCAAGUCCCAUGGAAAUAUACUCUCCGUUCUGGAUAAACAUCUCCAACUGCAAACCAUUUAUUAGAAGAAACAAACUUAAAAUGCAGAUGUCUAUUAUCUUCAGUCAAGUGUCCCCAGAUCUAAAAACAAUACUCAUUGCAGCAGCUUCCGCAGUUGCAGUUGUUUUGGCCGUGAUUGUAACAGUUUGCUGUAUCAAAAGAAAGAAAAAGCAGAAAGAAUCCCCAGUGGGUAUUUACGAUGCUAGGGUGAACACUGAGGUACCCAGGCGCCAUGCCAUCUUCAAGAAGGGUAGGAAGAGUAACGAGUCCCAUGUCUACGCAGUUAUUGAUGAUACAAUGAUAUAUGGCCACCUUCUGCAAGAAACCAAUGGAUUGGUUCCGGAGGUAGAUGUAUACCAACCUUUUGAAGGACGCAUGGGCGAUGCGCCACCUGUUCCCCCAAUAACUUUCCCUAAUGGAAGUACAAGAGAAGAUAAAGUGGAGGAUCUCCUUGCCCAUUCAAUGAAAAAGAAUGACAUUUACAAUUUCUGUGAAUCAUUUUCAAGGCAACCGGUAGAAAAUGAAGAUACCAGUAUAUCCUACAUAGAAGAAUCAGGAAAUGGAACUGUGAUAUCUGCGUGAUACUGUAUAUUCAGGAUGGACAGAUGUUAUUUAUUUUUGAAGGAAUGGCACUAAAACAGUCUGAUAAGACAUAUAUAUCCAGAGUACCGGGCACCAGGGACAUUACUCAUCCAUGUACAUCACAUCUGGAUAGUCAUCAAAGCAUAUCUGGCUAUGCAGUGUGAAGAACUGAUGCCUUGGCAGCCUCAUGAUUUGAGUGCUUGCAUAUGUUGUUCAUUGAAAAUUUCCACAAACAGUGGGGGGAAUCCAUAAGGAGGAAAGUGUUUUAGUUGGAAUUGUUGUUGUUGUUUUUUGGUUUGUUUUCUUGUGUGUUAAUUUUUUUUUUUUAUUAAAAAAAAAGAAGUUUUAAA